GCAGCGUUAACAGAAGAACGAGAGAGAAAUGAAGAAAAACUAAAAGGAGGAACAGAGAAAGAGUAUUUUACUAUUACUCCAAAAAAACUGUAACAGCUGAUCAACAUCAAUCAUUAUUUUAGAUUGAAAAGCUUCAGAAGCGAGUCAGAAAGAGCAUUGGUAGAAGAGAAAUAUGCUUUUCUCAAACUCGCAAAAAGUUUGCCGGAUUUCUUGAAUACUGUGAGACAGUAUUUUCCAUUUUUUUUUUCAAUUGUUAGAAAAGUUCUUGUAAAUUCAACAGAAAGCCAGAUUUUUUAAAAAUGGCACAACUUGAAUUAGAUCCACAAUUUACCCAGGGUUUGCGAUAUUUGCAUUCGGCUAAUAGGGAUUCAGUGGAACAGUUAAGAUUUCUUCUGGAUGAAGCAAUUAGACAAAAGCAUGGUGCCACUAAAAUGCUCUGCAAUGUUUUGCAUAAAAAGUAUACUAUGGAAGAGCCCGUUUUGAGCGAUCACAGCAGUGGAAGCAGUAAAAAGAGUAAAAGUUCAUCCUCGAAACAUUCGAGCAAGUCUAGUAAAAACAGUUCCCCUAUAAAUGUGCCAGCUCGUGAUACACCUCCGGACGCUUUGCAGUCUGAUGAUAAUUUGGCUCUUGAAAUUUUGGAGGAUGACUUGACCUGUGUCGUCUGCAAAGGCAUGGAUGUGGGAGCCAGGAACAGACUCGUGGAAUGUGCCGUUUGUCACUUUUUGUACCAUCAAGAGUGUCACGUAUCUCCGAUUCUAGAUUCCCAAAUUGACGCUCCUGGAGUCACGUGGCAUUGCUUUUUAUGUACAAACAGCCAACAGCAGGUUACUAAGGAAAGAUCAUCGCCAAAGACUGUAACAGAAGGAAAAUCGAAAAAGGAAAAGAAAUCGAGUUCAAAGCACGAUAAAUAUAAAUCUUCAAGUGGCCUUAAUCAAACACAGUCAGUAAAUGGAAGUAGCAGUAGCAAUAAUAGUUCUCCCAAUCCAAGCAGUGGUUCGAAAAAUGUACCCAUGCCCAAUAUUCAAAUAGUCAGUGGCGAUAAGAGAUUGCGGGACAUGAUGAAAAAAGCAAAACAGGACAAAAGAAGCACAUCGAGCAGCAAACAUUCUUCUAGUUCCUCCUACUCGUCUUCCUCAAAAUCCUCCCACGAAAAAUCACUCCUAUACAAAAUGAAAUCGGGCUCUGAGUAAAGUUUUACAUCAAAUAUUUAAUUUUAAAAUGAACCAUUGUUUUAUUAUAACAAUUUUGUUAUUUAGCUUUUUGAAGAGAAAGUACUUUUGUACCGCGAUUUGAGUAACAAUUAACUUUAAGCGAUGAGUCAAUUUUAAUUAGAAAAUAUUUUCAGCUACCGAUCAACUAUUACAUUGUUUUCUCACUUUAGCCGGCGAUUUUGCAAUUUUAUGACUAUUUUUUUUUUAUAUAUAAGUAAAAUUGGAAUAGUGGGUACUUUUGUACAUAAUUUGGUGAGACUGCUGCUGUGUAUUUUAAUUUAUAUGUGCAUGAAACUGUCUUAAUGUCGCAUGUAUUUGUAUUUAAAUUAAUUCUUUUAUAAUCGAAUAUAACAAACUUUCGAUUGAUACCUUA